GGCGGCGGCGAGCGGUCAGUGCGUGUGUCAUUCCGCGCCGAGAAAUGGAAGUCGACGAGACGCGUUCGGUUCCCAGCAGAGCGAGAGCGAGCAGCACGUUGUUGACGUUACAUGAAGUUGCGCGCGAAUCCGCCGCGGUGACAGCUGUGCACGUACGUCGCUUUUGAGAAGUUUUGUUAUGACAAAGAACGUACCGCCGGCCACGACCGGUCGCCGACCAGCCGCGUAUCCGGAGGAGAGAUUGUUGUCGCCGCCGCCGCCGCCGUCAUCGUCGUUGUUGUCAUUGUUGUCGUCGUCGUCCUUGUCGCGGUUAUUAUUCUCGUCGUAAACGUAACGUGCUUUUCGCGCAUCACAAGUGUUUUGUUUCGUUUUGUUUUCUCUCGUUUAGGAAAGAGAAAGAAAAUCUCCAACGGCGAGAAAUUUAAGAGCCAAGAGAGUCCAAAGGUUGCCGGCGUGAGGAAAGUAGUUGCGAAAAUGUGGUGCCUCGUUAGUCAAGCCAAUUCCGUUAUCCUUGAGGUGCAGGUGGACCCGAAGGCAAUCGGCCAGGAGUGUCUUGAGAAGGCUUGCGACUGUCUGGGAGUCAGCAAGGAGUGCGAUUACUUCGGGUUGAAGUAUCAGAACGCCAAAGGCGAGGAGCUCUGGCUGAAUCUGAGAAACCCUAUAGAACGGCAAACCGGCGGCGGCGGCGUAGCGCCUCUAAGAUUUGCCCUGAGGGUUAAGUUUUGGGUACCACCUCACCUGUUGCUGCAAGAGGCUACCAGGCAUCAGUUUUACCUGCACUCUCGUCUUGAACUAGUCGAGGGUAGAUUAAAGGUCUCGGAUUGGGGCUCCGUUGCCCGUCUGGUUGCCCUAAUAGCCCAGGCCGAUGGUGGUGAUUAUGAUGCUCUUUCGCCACCCCACGCACUUUACUCCCAAUGCUGUCAUAUACAACCUGCGGAGCCGUGCGAGCCAAAACCUCAAGACUUUCUACUCCGAAUAGUUCAACAGCAUAAGGAAAUCAAGGGAAUGAAAUCUUCGACUGCUGAAUAUUGGCUUCUGAAAGAAAUAUCGAAUCUCGACACAUUCGGACAGGAAAUGUUCCACAGCAAAUUCGGAUACAAUGGUGUGUCUAUGAUUGGCGUCGGUCCACACGGAAUUACGGUCUACCGUAAUCAAGAUGAGGAGACACAAAAUAUACCGUAUACAGCUAUACAAAGCGCUGCGUCACAACGGCGGAUGUUUCACUUGGUUUAUCUCUCACUCGACGGCGAGGAAACAUCGCUGGACUUCAAAUUAGACUCGAGCCAGUCCGCCAACGGACUUUAUCGAGCGAUUACUGAGAAACACGCGUUUUACAGCUGCGAGACAGUCAGAAGCGCAGUCACCGCGCAAUUUAUCCGCGAUUUAAAGGGGACAAUAAUUUCCAUCUUCAACGAGGACUCGACGUUGGGCAAGAAAUACGUGUUCGACAUACGCAGGACCUGCCGAGAGGUUUACGACAAUGCGCGGCGUGCGCUUUACUGCGAAGCGGCGACCAUAUCUCUGCCGGAAGAGAAUGAGAUCCUCGAGAGGCACGCGUGCGGCGAGUGCGAGAAUCCCAAGUGCAAGGAAUCCCGGGAAUGCCUAGCGAGAUUAUUGGACGCUAUGCUUUGCCGGAUCUGCAUGGAUCGAAGUCUGGACACCGCCUUGUUUCCUUGCGGACACGCCGUCGCCUGUUUGGACUGUGCUCGUCGCUGCGAACGUUGCCCAUUAUGCCGCGCCGACAUCGACUACUGCCGCACGAUAUACCUGCCGAUCGAGCUGACGCACAUCGACAAACACAAUCCAAAGCUAUUGUCCGAGACAAUCGAGCCCGUAUUCAGCAAGCCGGUUACGGAGGAGAUAAAAGAGCGAAUUUUGGACGGCGAAGCGCCGGUGAACAAUAACAUUUGAGAACGCCGGACGGUCAGACGCAAAGUCGGCGCGUUCGAGAGAUUCCUCAGAAUUGUUACUUGUCAUACAGGAAGAGCGUAUUAAAACGCGAGAGUGAAAACACUUUUCUAUUUAUCAUCAAAUCCCGUAGACCAAAAUGUUUUUUGACGCGUGUGAAGGUUGUUUUUUACACGAUGUCGAAUUCGAUUGGGAAAAAUAUUUAUCCUGCGCGCCGACUUCUGUUCAAUGCUAAUACGUAAUUGUGUUUUCUAAUCGUUGGUUUACCUAAGUCAGAUGUUUUCACUCCAAUUUUUUUUUACUCAUAUGAUCCACGAAAACGAUACACCUACACGGAAAAUAUAGUUUCGUUAUUAUACAGCCAGCAAGAAAAAUUUAUUGUGUCUAUUAAAUUUUUGUUUCAUCAAGAGCAUUUUGUUAACAAACCAAAAAUCUCAGUAGACUGAGCAAUUUUUCUUGCUGGUCAUGUAAUAGUCAGCUAACUGAUUUCUUGCUAUUCUAACAAUUGUUUUCCGUGUAUAUAAAUGUUUUUUUUUUUAAUUGUUAACAAGUUACUUAAACUAGUUGUUUUUUAAUCUGAUCGAUUUUUUAAAUAUGAUUUGGUGAAACUGCCCUUUAAUUCGAAUUACAAAAAUAUGAAUUCUAUUAUCAUUUUAAUAAAAUAACAAUAAAAUACACAUAUAUUGGUAAACAUA